CUGGAUGAAACUGUACAAAUUUUAACGCCUUGGACUUAUGGCAAUCGGAGUAAGGUCAUUGUUAAAUGUUGGACGUUUGAAGUGUGUAAACUUCCGGACUUUUUAUACAAGUUCGAUUACAAUGGAAAAAGCAAUCGAGAAGCUGCAGCAAAACCCUUACUACGAGAAAUAUGCUGACCGCAUUGCUCAGCUGCAGCGCACCUCGCCUGAAGAGUUUAUGAAUCGCGUGGAGAGCGCACACCGCUCUGCGGAAGCUGAUCACCGCGCCAAGUUUGCGCCUUCGCCAGACACCAGGCAAUACUCAUCCGUGUUGAACCCAAAACAGCCUCUUCAAGACGAGAUGCCAGUCGAAGAUAAAAAAUUAGAUUCAAUAUUCAAAACAAGCCUUAUCAAAAACAAAGCCACCUCUGAGAUUCAGACAAUCUGGGAAGAAUAUCACAAAGGCAAAGAAGUCAUUUCUGCCGUAAUACCUUUGGAUGUGUACGAUGUAAUCAGAGACAAUAUGCGUCAGUUCCCCACAUUUCUCUUCCCUCUGCCUCGUGCUCAGGGCUACGAGUUUAUCUUAAGUCAGGUUUAUGGACACACUGUGCAUUUCACACCGCUGCUUGCGUUCCAGGUGCAUAAGGAGAAUGCACCUGAAUGUCUAACAAUGGUGCACUAUAUAGAGCUGACUGAGAAAGGAAUAAUCUUGAUGCGUGGUGAAUAUGACAAGAAUGUACUAAAUGGCAAAGAAGCACAGUGUUUGGCCAACCAGUUUCAGAUUUACUACAAUAACAAGGAUUCAGUAAAAUCACAACUGCUCCAAAAAUUUUCCAAGCGUCCGGAAUCUUUCAAACAUAUGGAUUUGAUUAAAGAGCUAGAAAAUAUUAGUUUCAUUUGAAUUGUGUAUUGUUAU